GCCCCCACUGAAGCCUCUUAAAAAACGUACGUGGAGGCGGAACCAAUCUAACACAUGAGAGGCGGCGAGCACAGAACCACCAUGAAAAAGAUUUACAUUGGCAAGACCGCCCUCAAAGUCUCCCGCAACGGAGCCAAGCACCAGAAGAAGAGCUCCCUGCUGGAGCAGAAGGAGGACCUGCGGAAGCGGCUGUCCUUCACCACCCACAAGCUGGAGCUCCUGGAGAGCGAGUUCGACUCCACGCGGCAGUACCUGGAGACGGAGCUGCGCCGCGCCCAGGAGGAGCUCGACAAGUUCACCGACAAGCUGCGCAGAAUACAGAGCAGCUACUCGGCAUUGCAGAGGAUCAAUCAAGAUCUGGAGGAAAAGAUUCACAGAAAUACCCAGCACCACGACGAUGAGAAGCGGGCCCUGAGCAGGGAGAUCAUCGUCCUCAACAACCACCUGAUCGAGGCCAAGCUCACCAUAGAGAAGCUGCAGGAGGACAACGAGCUGUACAGGAAGGACUGCAACCUGGCCGCCCAACUGCUCCAGUGUAACAAGGCUGUGUACCGGGCCCAGCUCUCUGAGCUGCCUGCAGACCUUCAGCAGCGGGUCACCCUGCACCUGGAGGAGUCCUCUCUCGGCCACCCCUCCUACGCCGACUCCGUCCCCGGCUCCGUCAUCGCCGAAGCGCUGGAGAAGGCCGACGAGGCCUGUAGCAGCAGCCAGGCCUCCCACUCGCCUAGCCCGCCACCCCAGGAGCAUGGCUUCCUCAUGGACACCUUGGGCAGGGUGGACCGCCCCCGCUCCGGCCAAGUGCUGGGCCUUGGCUUCGGCCUCCGCGCGGCUUACAAAACGGACCUGUACAGCAGCGACACGGCCCUGUACUGCCCGGACGAGCGGCUCCGGGAGCGGAGGCCCAGCAUGGACCUCCACGGCCAGAGGAAGCUGCUCUACGGGCCCCAGAACUCCAUGGACAGCAACCCGGAGGAGGCCCCGGUGGCGCUGAGGCCCGGCUUCUCCCAGGAGCACUUUGGGGGCAAGUUCCCGGGCUCCAGCACCUACUCCAGUUUCAGCGGGCCGGGCUCGGAGGACAAGGGCGAGGGCCCACCCAGCAGCGGGGGGUCCUCGCCCCACCUCCACUCCCUCUACAUGGAGUGGAGGGACGCCGGCGACUACGAGCGCAAGAGCAACUCCUCCUGGGAGCGGGACAGCCCCGGCGGCUUCUCCAUCGGCGCCCACCCCUUCCAGCAGGCGGAGCUGAGCCACCACCAGCACCCACACCACCAACACCACCAGAACGGCAGCUCGCCCGUGUACAGCCGCACCAUGUCCUCCUGCUUCAGCGAGCCCUACGAGCCGCUGCCGCCCUCCUCCUCCCCCAGCGUGGCCUACGGGGACAGCCGCCGCGGCAGCGCCCUGGCCCCGGGCGAGGCGGAGGAAGAGGAGGAGGAGGAGGAGGAGCUGAUCGGCCGGUGGCGGCAGCUGAGCGUGGAGGACCUGAGCGCCGCCGCGUACCGCAGCCCCGGCCGCGCCUCCCCCUACAGCUUCUCCGAGCAGCACUUCUCGGUGCGGCCCUCCAAGAUCCGCCUGGGCCCGCUGUACAGCAGCUUCCAGGAGGGGGCCGACUACUACCCGCACCAGGGGGCGGCCGACUCGGUGUGGGGCGGCGGCGGCGGCGGCGGCGGCAGCGGCAGCCCCAGCUCGGAGCGCGGCCCCGUGAUGAUGAUGGGCCGGCAGUGCCACAGCGCGCAGGCGCACCUGUACCGUGCCAAGGAGGACAGCCAGGAGUCGGAGAACAGCCUCUACCACUCAGGGAGCUCCAAGGACCUGGAGGGCAGCGUGGGCGGGGCGGGGGCCGUCGGGGCCGGGGAGGAGUACACCCCGGCCAGCCCCACCAGCUCCGGCGAGUCCCUGAACCGGGGGGCCACGCUGGAGAUGCAGGCGGCCGAGCUGCAGCACUAUCAGGCCGAGAUGCAGCACAACCUCCCGCCGCAGGGGAGCCAGACGUCCCCCCCGCCUCCCCCGCCCCCUCCCCCUUACAGCCAAAAAUUUGGUACCCUGGGACUCUCCAGGAAAGACAGUCUGACCAAGGCCCAGUUGUACGGAACUCUUCUGAACUGAAAGAAACUCAGCGUUCUUGGUUUAGUUUUGUUAUAAUUGAUCAUUGGUAUACAGGACGCGACUUGGCAUGUGUUAGCCCAGCCGCUAAUAGCGUGAUCGUGACCAGAAUGUUGUUUUCUUUAAGUAUCAGGGUGCCUGGGAAUAAGGAGUUAUAUUGCAGUAUCAUGAGCGUAUAGUAAUCAUGGCUUACUGAUACAGGGCUUUGGAUGUAAAACAAUGGAAGACAACUGCUUUCAUUCCAUUAGGGAAAUCUAAGCAACAAGCGAUUGAAGAUGGACGUCUUUUAAGAAUGUAAAUGUGUUUGAAGUUCAAAUGUAAAAAACAGAAAUGGCGAUAUUCAAAUUCUUAUAAUGGAGUGAUAUUUUUUGUAUGUAUGUUGUUAACAUGCCAUAAACAACCAACUGAAUAUGAGCGUUUUUUGAGAAACGCAGAACAUGUACAUACAUUUCAACAAGAAACUGCCAACCAGCUAGUGGCGAGAGAGACGUAUGAGAAAGAUAUUUUAUGCCAACACAGCACACUCGAUUGGUUUCAGUUCAUUAUUUUUUAAGUUGACUGGAAGUGUGUCAGCCACCAGAUCUAGAGAUAUAAAUUCUGAAAAGUGAGUGUAAAUUUUUUCCUUUUUCUUUCUUCGUUCCUGAAAUAAAUUACAAGGUAUGGAUUGAUGUAUCAUUUUAUUAUUAAUGGUCAGUUUUGGAGAAGUAUGCUUCUUUUUGGUUAAUGUAAUGUUUGCUAUAUAUCCCAGAGAUUACCGUUUCCUAUUCCCAUUCUACCUCAAAUUUGGAUUGCCCACAUCCCUAAUGAAGCCACUGCAACCCUGUUUCUAUGACAACAAUGCAUGUAUCUAUAUUUCUGUUGUUUUGUUGCCAUAAUAAAGCACAAAUUAACCCAA